GCCCGAAGAGUCCAUUGUUUAUUUCCCUCCAUGGAUGCUUCCUGACCGCUGAGUUCCUCUUGCUUACACUAGGUUAUCGUAUGUAAUCACUAAGUACUAAUACUAAUCACUAAUACUUCUAAGUACAAGACUAACUUGCAGCCUGAUAGACUGACAACGGAGACCGUUGUCCAUGACAACGUGACCUCGCCCCUUCGGCACGGUCUCUGAAUUAUAAAGACAGCUCCGACGUUUCACUUCCGGGCGUUUCCAACACAUCCGCCGCCUGGUCCUCUGGCUGAUGGCGACGUCGCUGAAUCACCGCCGCGGCUAGAAACCGGGAGCGGAAGAGACAGUGGGGCAGUACGCCAUCGUAACGGCGGCGUGGACUGUUCUCCGUUGCCGGACACCAGUUUCGGCCCGAACAUGCCGUUGCUUUUCCUCGAGCGCUUCCCUUGGCCCAGUCUGAGGACGUACACUGCUCUUAGCGCCGUGCUGCUGUCCGCUAGCCUGUUCAGCGCCUACUCCCACCUCAGUCUGCCGCCGGUGCCCGUCCCGAUCUCUGUCCCCCGUCACCAGCCCCCCAACCUCGGUCCUGCCGCCCCUACUGAUGCCAUGAGUGUCGACCAGCCUGUGGCGGAAGAGGGUGAUACCGGAGGGCAAGCUGCGCAGCACGGCACCCCCGCCGAUCUAGGUGAAGCCGAUCUGGGAUCAUUGGGCAGACCGGAGUGGGCUGAAGGCCACGGUUUUGUCCUGGAGAUGGCCUGGUACCUGGUAUCAGACGGCUGGUGCAUUUGGGUGCUGGUGAACACAGCCUGUUGUCUUCUUAUGUUAAUUGGAAAACUGAUCCAGUACAUGGUUUUUGGAACUCUGCGGGUCAGUGAAAGACAGCACCUGAAGGAUAAAUUUUGGAAUUUCGUUUUCUACAAGUUUAUCUUCAUAUUUGGUGUGCUGAAUGUUCAAACUGUCGAGGAGGUGGUGAUGUGGUGCCUUUGGUUUGCUGUUCUUGUCUUCCUUCACCUCAUUGUCCAGCUAUGUAAGGACCGCUUUGAAUACUUAUCUUUCUCACCAACUACUCCAAUGAGUAGCCAUAUCAGAGUCUUGGCACUGCUGGUUUCCAUGUUACUGUCCUGUUGUAGUCUGGCUGUGGUUUGUGUGCUGGUUGGAUUUUCAUAUGGAAUGCAUACUCUCUCUUUCAUGGCAGCUGAGUGUUUGGUGGUGACUGUAAGGACAGCGCACGUUAUUCUGAGGUACUUUAUUCAUCUCUGGGACCUGAAUCAUGAGGGCACUUGGGAGAGUAAAGGCACCUAUGUUUAUUACACUGAUUUUGUCAUGGAGUUGAACCUUCUCUCAGUGGAUCUAAUGCAUCACAUUCACAUGCUGUUGUUUGGAAAUAUUUGGCUGUCAAUGGCGAGCCUGGUCAUAUUCAUGCAGCUCCGCUAUCUAUUCCAUGAAGUCCAGCGUCGGCUGAAGCGUCAUAAGAACUACUUGCGUGUGGUGGGCAACAUGGAAGCAAGAUUUGCAGCUGCCACUCCUGAGGAACUGACUUCCAAUGAUGAUGAUUGUGCCAUUUGCUGGGACUCUAUGCAGUCUGCCCGCAAGCUCCCCUGUGGACAUCUCUUCCACAAUUCAUGCCUUCGUUCCUGGCUUGAGCAGGACACCUCUUGUCCGACCUGCAGAAUGUCACUCAACAUCACUGAAGAUGACCGUGUUGGCGAACCUCACCAACAAGACAACUUGGAUGAGAACAUAGGGCCUGUGCCAGUUGUAGAUGGCAGGGCACAUCUUAAUCAUCACAACCAUUUCUUCCAUUUUGAUGGAUCUCGUAUUGCUAGCUGGCUGCCUAGUUUCUCAGUGGAGGUGAUGCAUACAACAAAUAUCCUUGGCAUCACACAAGCUAACAAUUCUCAACUUAAUGCUAUGGCUCAUCAGAUCCAAGAAAUGUUUCCCCAAGUUCCAUAUCAUCUCGUUCUCCAGGAUCUGCAGCUAACACGUUCGAUGGAAAUCACCACUGAUAACAUACUUGAAGGGAGACUUCAAGUUCCCUUUCCCCAGCAGCGACAAGAUAGUAGACCAGCAUUAAAUGGUACAGUUUUGGAUGAGGACAAUGGUAAUCCGGCUGAUUCAAGUAGUGAACAGCAGCCUGAGCCUCCAGCCCUUGAACUUACCCACAGUUUGGAAGAGACAUCUGGAACCAGAACUGCACUAGUCGAUGUUCCAGCUGAGGACUUUGAAGCACGGGGAAGUCGCUUUUCAAAGUCAACAGAUGAGAGACAACAAAUGUUAGUGCAGCGCAAAGAGGAAUUAAUUCUUCAAGCACGGAGACGAUAUGCAAGUAGAAGCCAGAAUGAAGCAGACAGUUUAUCAAAUGAUGACGCAUCCUCUGGAUCAUCAUCGAACAGUAUUUCUUUACGGCGCAAAGCCGAACGACGACACCUGCAACAACAGCAGAACUCUGGUUUUGAUGAUGCAAGACUGAGAACCUGGAAUUUUGACACUUCCUGAAUUGCUUGUUUGCCUCUGCUUUGCUUGCAGCAGUAAGAGCAGGACAAGCGUCAUCCCAAACCACUCUGCAAAGUCAAGCCAUUGAGAUGGGUGUUGUACUGUCACAUAUAUACUGUAGCUGCACGAAAGGAGCCAGCGUUAACAGUAUUUGGGGUGGGAAGUGGCAUGGGUGAUUUUUUUUUAUAUAUAUACAGCUUAGUGGAAACAAUAAAUGGCUUUAUACCUGCAAAAGAGAAACUUAAAUAGCUACAAGUGUCCAGGAGCUACUUCUAAACUCAAAGGAAAUAUACACAGUAUACAGGUUUGUUGUGUUGGACUAUGAAAAGCCACCUCGUUCUCUUGAACUCAUUGGGCAGUGCAAGAUGGUUCUUUCAGGAUUAGUCAACUAAGCUGCCAUGUAGUGCUGCUUGAUGGUAAUGUUGGUCAUACUUUUUUUCCAUUGUACAAGAAACCAAACAAUUUUACACAUUUCUCACCAGUCCCUCAUUCUACCUUUUUUCCAGUUUAUAUUAUAUUGCCUUUGCUACUUCAAUGGCUUCCUUGUCUGUAAUUCUUAACUUAAUUCUGUUAAGUUUUAUUUGAAUCCUUAAUUGUCUCAUUUCAAAUUGCUGUAGGUAAACUGAAUUGUACUCUCAUCAUUCAUUAUCUCCAAAUAGUUCUUGUCAGUUAUGAUAUGGUGGUUUCAGCUUUUAUAAUUGGCAUUAGAGUGGAUUGAUAUUUUGCUGCCUGGUGGGUUGCUGCUACUUCUGGAAAAGUAGUGUGGAGAUUUGAAAUGAUGUGAUGGAAAGUUACAAAGUGACAUUCCAUAUUUAAGAUUUUAAGACAAAAUAUGUUUUAAUAAGUUUGAACAAUUUCAGUCCCACUUCUCAGAACUUGUUACUGUAAGCACAUGCAAUGCACCACCUUCUAUAACAUUUUUUCUCAUCAGUUUGACAUGAAAGUUUAAGAACUGUGUCUAAUAUACAAGUAACAUGUGAAAGGCCUUGAGAGCCUGUAUUCUGUCCUUUCAGGAUGUAUCUGGUGUCCAGAAAGUUUGGCUGUCAGAAUCUCCAUUCAUAAUUCUUAAACUUUUUGAGGUGGUUAGACAUGUUUUAUCCAGCUCUAUGGUGUUUUAUGCAUGAUUUGUUUAGCAUAAUGUCUAGAAAUGGCCACAUACAAGUUACAGAUUUAUUUAAUAUUCUGUUCCCUAACUUCUGAAUGUGCUGAUUUUUACAAUUUUAUGCAUUAUUUCAAGUAACUAAUACUGAGCUAAGUUGGACUGAGCAUUUCAGUGUUGACAGUUGGGUACAUAAUAGGUGACUGUAUACUGAAAAACAACAUGAAACAAUACUUGUUAGUUCCUGUUUUGACUAUUGUUUGAAUGUUUUACCACAAUCACUGCUGCAGUGACAAUAUCUUUUUUCCAAAACCUUUUCUGGGAAGAGAAAAUAAAAAAAUAAAUCCUAGUUUAUGUUUCUUUUCUUUAUAAUUGAAAUAGCAUUCUAGUGAAUUAGUUUAACAACCAAUAAUACAUAAAAUUUGCAAUUAAUUGUAAUUUUUCUCCAUCAUACUAAAAGGAACAGUAGUUUUACUUCCAGAUUCUGCACAGAACAAUGGUUAGGCAGGAAUGCAACUGCUUACUGUUGAGCUUGUGUGGAUACAUUUUGGGAGGGAAGAUCUUCAAAUAUCAGUGCACAUUGUUACUUUCUUACUUUCAGAACUCAACUGCUGUAAAUUGAAGUAGGAACUCCUUUUAAAGAAGAAUCUGUUGAAACCUAAAUGUACCAAACUGAAGAAUGAGUGAAUGUGUAGGAAUUCGUAAAAUGCCUUGUGAUUCUUUACUCUGGGAGGAUUUGACUAUAGUUUGUUUUGCAUAUUAAGCACUAUUACCACUUUUUCAUUUUUUACAAAUAUUUAAAUAAAAUGCAUUUUUGGUUUGCUCAAAA